UGCGAGAGGGAAGGGCCUCGCCUCUCUCUCUCUUCUCUCCUCUCUCUUUCUCCCCUCUUCGUCUUCUGUUGUUGUUGUUUUUUUGUGGUUUUUUGGUUGUUUUAUAUAUGUCGGGAGAGGAGGGAGAACUGCUAUAAUAUAUAGAUAUAUAUAUAUAUAUAUAUAUUUUUUUUUUUUUGGUCUUCCGGGUGGUUAUCAAAGCACAAUGGGAAAAAAACGCAACGCCAAAAAGUCUGGGAACAAAGUCACAGGCCCCGUGAAGCUCUUACCCCAGACCAGAACGGAGCUGAGUGCCUUAGUAGACGAGGUGUUCAAGCGGUGUACGAAGGUACCGUCAGCAACGGCACCAAACGCAGCUCAGGAAUGGGCGGAAUACACAGAAAUCUUCCAGCUAAUUCAAAAUAUCAGGAAUUUAGAGAAAGAUGUCCUGCUUCCAUCAUACUCGCGUGAAGAGCAAAUACCGACCUUCAUGUCAUGGCUCAAGGAGAAAGGUGUAAAGAUCAGCGGAGUGGAGAUCAGCGACUUUGGCAAUCAGGGCUUCGGCCUGAUGACCACCGAGGACCUCCAGCAGGGGGUGGAGGUGAUUGACGUCCCUCUGGAAGCCAUGAUGACAGAGGACACCGCAAGAAAGUCUUAUCUUGGUCCCUUGAUAGAACGUGACCCCAUCUUGCAACACAUGGGGAAUGUGUCUUUAGCACUGCACGUUCUCGGAGAAUAUGUUAACCCCCAGUCACCAUGGCAGCCCUAUCUGCGCAUCCUUCCAGCCUCAUAUUCAACCACGCUGUACUUCUCUCAAGAUGAGAUCCUGGGCCUAAAGGGCUCACCAGCACUAGAGGAAGCAGUGAGACAGUUCCGGAACAUUGCACGCCAGUAUUCGUACUUCUAUCGGAUACUCCACUCGUUACCGGAGGCGAGAAGUUGGCCCAUCAAGGACUACUUCACCUUUGACGCGUACAGGCGAGUGUCGUUCUCGGGUGAUUUUGGGUCCCGAGAUAAGGAAACAUGGGCUGUUUCGACAAUCAUGACGCGCCAGAACAGAGUCCCGACCAAAGGGGCUAGUGGCCAGCUGGCUCUCAUCCCCGCCUGGGACAUGUGCAAUCACGAACAAGGAAUUUAUUCUACAGACUACGAUGAGGAGAAAAACUGUUGCGUGUGUUUAGCACAGAAGGACUUCAAAAAAGGAGACCAGUUCACAAUCUACUAUGGGAAGCGUCACAACGUGGAACUCUUCCUACACAAUGGCUUUGUCGAAAUAGGCAAUGAAAACGACAGCCUCGCCAUCAAGCUGGGAGUGAGCAAGAACGACCCACUGCAUGACGAGAAGGUGGCGCUCUUGACCUCCCUGGGUCUGCCCUCCUCCGGCUCCUUCAUGCUGAUCCCAGGCCUGCAUCCCAUCUCUCCCGGCCUGCUGGCUUUCACGAGGAUCUUCUGCAUGGAUAAGGAAAUACAAGACUGGAUGCCAGAAAAGCCUGCAGAGAAGCAAGAUGUUCAAGAGAAAAUUUCCUUAGACAAGUGGAAGGACGACGGAGAGAAGGCCAAGGGUUUGUUGCACGAGGACUGCGACGUGGGAACGACGGUCCAGGACAAGACGUGGAGGUUCCUGCACACGCGCGUUUCCCUCCUCGUCAGGGCCUACCCCACAACACUCGAGGAGGACCAGGCUGCCCUCCCGGCCCUGAAGGACAACGAGGCCGUCAUUCGAUCUCUGCUCAUGUGCGAGAAAAUGAUCCUCAAGGACGCCAUGACCUAUCUCUCUGCCCUUCUGCCCAAGUAGAAAACUGCGGUCGGAGGAGACAGACAGACAGAACUGGAGAGUAACGAGGAGAUGGCUUCCGAUGUCACUUUUUUUUUUUUUUUUUUUUUUUUUUUUUUUUUUUUUUUUUUUUUUUUUUUUUGUUUUUUUGAGCAUGUAGGGGCAUGGGACUGUCAGAGAAGCAGGGAAUUAGGAAUAAAUAAAUUUGGUCACAAUUCGGAUGAUGUUUGAUCUUCAUUGUCUCUGUUUGUUUGUUUCAUUUGAUUGUUUUUCGCAUAUUUAUCGUGCAUUUUAUUUGUCCACGUUUUGAAUGAUAUGGCUGAUCCUGCGUCUUUGAUUUUGGGGUGAGAUUGGGAGACAUAGCAUAAUUUUUUAGAAUGGAAAUAGGAGAGACUACUUGAUAAUUAUUUUUGUGAUUCUACACAAGAAAGUUUGCCUGCAUUUACGAUUUCUGUGGUUGACUCUUGUAACCUAAUGCUUUAGAGCUCUAGGGACGAGUCUGCUAUGUUUCGUUUUGAUUUUCACUGACGUCGCCUUUUCUUGGGCUUAUCUUCAUUGGUUAUUUUUUUCUCUUCUUUUCUCUCUUUUCUCAAAUUUUCUCUUCACUCCUCAUUCUCCGUCUUUUCAUCUUCUUUCUUUGCCUUUUCUUGUCUUUUUCGUUAUUGGUUAUUUCUUCCCUUUUUUUCCUCUUUUUUUCUCAAUUUUUUUCUCUUCACUUCUCAUUCUCUGUCUUUUCAUCAUCUCUCUCUAAUGCUUAUUAUUGUACUUUGUUCCUUUUUUUUUUUCUUUCUUUCAGUAUAUUCCUAUUCUUCUUUUCAAUAUUUUUUCCAUUUUCUUCCUCCUCCUCUUCUCUCUAUCUUUUCCUUCCUCUUUUUGCUUGUUUGCUUCAAGAUGCAGUCAUAUUCAGUAAAAUGCAAAAUCAUAUAUUUUUGUAUUCACACAUGCAAGAAUGCCCUCCAUUUACCUAUUACAGUUUGCAAGAUUUAUUUCUCAGUCCAGUAUAAGUGCAAGAUUGCUAUAGUCAAGUUUGUAUUAUUCUUUUGCGUGUCGUUAAGUAGUUUGUGAUUUUCUUUUCAUUUCCUUUGCCCAGUGUAUUUUGUACUGUUUGCUAACUUCCUAGAUGUUCUCUGCCAUUUACUUUAUCUUUUUAAGCCAUUUUGUUUUGUGAUCUCUCAUUCUUUGUCUGUUUUUUUUUUUUUUUUUUGUUUUUUCCCCGCUCUCCCUCUCUCCCUCCCUCCCUCCCUACCUACCUACCUACCUACCUACCUACCUACCUACCUACCUACCUACCUACCUUUUCCUCUCCCUCUCCCUCUCCCUCUCCCUCUCCCUCUCCUUCUCCUUCUCUCUUUCCCUUUCCCUCCCCCUCUUUCUCCACCCUUCCUCUCUCUUAUAAUUUCUACAUGUGUGUUUGAACUGGGAAAGUCAUUGAAUGUUUAUUUAUUCAGGAUGUUUCUUUCAAGUAAAUUAUAUAAAAAAUUUCCUGGUACAGUCUUUAACACAGCUGUGAAAUGUGUGUUGUUCUAGGUGUUGACAUUAAUCUUUGUCAUUUUUUGACAUUUUUUGAUUGACUGUUGUACACUUGGCCUGGCUUUUCGGCACAGCUCGCAAUUUCUUUAUAUGUUUCAGCUUUUAAUGCCAAUUUUCCUUGAUGGGAAAAUAAUUUUUAUUAUGGUUCAUGAACGUUAAGUGUUUGUUUAUUUAUUUAUUUAUUUAUCUAAUAUACUUUCUUUCUGUUUAUACUUUACAAAUGCAUCUAAAGUGUUAUGGACAACUUUUUGCCAAUUUUUUGUAUUUGUCAUUGCAAUUGUAGACUUUUCAAGGGGGGGGUAUAGAAAAUAUGCAAUGUAUGGAGUGAACUAAAGAAAGUGAUGAAAAUUUCUACCAAAUGUUAAGAGUUUUACCUUAAACAUUUUGACUUGAUUAUAGAAAUCUUUAUUUUUUCCCCCCUUUUUUUACUCCAUUACAAAAAAAAAAAAAGUAAAAAGAAUGUUGUAUAAUCAUUCAGUGCAUUUCCUGUUUUCUAGAUAACUUUGAGAGCUGUUGUGUGGUGCUACUAUAUUUUCAGGCAUUUUUGUAUUUUAUGCAUUUGUGCAUAUUUCUUAUACAGCACAUUAAAAUUUAGAUAACUUGA